UAUAUACUCACACUCUGGUUCAUCACUCAUAAACCGUGCCAACAUUGAAACCGCGAUUGAACAGCUUCCGGUUCUCGGCGAACGGGAGAGUAGCUGCCUAGCUGCAGGAAUCGAUUAGUGAUUGUGAAGAUGCGGAGAGACAACGGUGAUAGCUAAGAAGAGGACAUGCUUAAUAGGUUAAACAGACGCUUCUUUUGCACCGUUGCUCCACGCCCUUGGCUUUUUGUGGGGCUGGGCAACCCUGGCGAGAAGUUCAAAGGAACCAGACACAAUGUUGGCUUUGAGAUGAUUGAUGCAUUUGCUGAGUCACAGGGGAUUCCUAUGGACACUGUCCAUUCCAAAGCCAUUUCUGGAAAAGGUUUUGUUGGUGAAGUUCCUGUUUUUCUUGCAAAGCCUCAAACUUACAUGAAUCUCAGUGGUGAAUCAACAGGACCACUGGCUGCUUAUUAUAAGCUACCUCUUAAUCAGGUGCUUGUGUUCCAUGAUGACAUGAACUUGCCUUGUGGGGUGCUUCGUCUUCAUGACAAAGGGGGUCAUGGAAGCCACAAAGGGCUGAAGAGUGUGAUCUAUCACUUCAAAGGAAAUAGAGAAUUUCCUAGGCUGAGAAUUGGGAUUGGGAGUCCUCCUGGGCAAAUGGAUCCUAAAGCAUUUUUGCUUCAAAAGUUUAAUGUAACAGCUAGGCAACGAAUUGAUGAGGCUUUGCAAGAGGGGGUUGAUGCCUUGAAGCUCCUUUUAUCCAAAGGUUUGGCAGUGAGUGCAAAAAGAUUCAACAAAGAACAAAAGUAUAAGCACCUAAGAGUGCAGAAUUUACCAGUUUGAUAGGAUUCCGUGAUGGAAAAUUGCAUUAUAAGUAUGAUUAGUUCUUCGCUUUAUAGGUUGCAAUAUGUGUAAAACUUAAGCGAUUGGAAAUUGGCUUAAUUUUGUAACAUUCCAGAGAUAGAUAUAGCUUUUAAAAUGGUUUAUGACCAACUUUUUUCCA